AUGGCCGACUCAUAUGCGGUCGUUCGUAAUAGUGCCCGAAACGAAAACAACAAAGUGCCAAAUGGACCCCGGGUAAUAACAAUAAAUAAAACUGACACUGGUUUCGGAUUCAAUGUGCGUGGACAAGUUAGUGAGGGGGGCCAACUAAGGAGCAUUAAUGGGGAGCUGUACGCCCCCCUUCAGCAUGUCAGUGCGGUCCUAGACAGGGGUGCAGCGGAACAGGCCGGAAUCCGGAAAGGAGAUCGUAUUUUAGAAGUGAAUGGUGUAAAUGUCGAGGGAGCGACACAUAAACAAGUAGUGGAUCUCAUAAAAUCUGGAGGAGACGUUUUAACUUUAACAGUUAUAUCAGUUACACAACAGGAGGCAGAAAGACUGGAACCAACAGACGAUAAUCAAAUUUACUAUGAUUAUAGCGAAAAACGUUCCCUCCCAAUUAGUAUUCCCGAUUACCAUUACAAUGAACGGGGCGGCGAGCGAUACGUCGCCUUCAACAUUUACAUGGCCGGUCGACACCUCUGCUCUAGAAGAUACAGGGAAUUCUCAAACUUGCACGCCAACCUUAAAAAGGAAUUCAUUGGUUUUACUUUUCCGAAGCUGCCCGGCAAAUGGCCUUUUACGUUGAGCGAGCAGCAGCUGGAUGCGCGUAGGCGCGGUUUGGAACAGUAUUUAGAAAGGGUCUGCGCAAUAAGGGUAAUUGCGGAGUCUGAUGUGAUGCAAGAAUUCUUAACGGACCAAGAUGAUGAAAAUAAUAGUACACCAGUCGAUUUAAAGGUAUUAAUACCGGAUAGAGAUGUGGUGACUGUGUCUCUAAAAAAAAGCGCAAACGCCGACGAAGUCUACGACGCAGUGAUACGGAAAAUCGGCUUGCACAAAAGGAUUGCGCAAUACUUUUAUCUGUUCGAAAUAGUGGAAUACAAUUUCGAAAGGAAAUUGCAACCGAAUGAAUACCCUCACAAUUUGUAUAUACAGAAUUACAGCACCGCAACCAGUACGUGCCUGUGCGUACGCAAAUGGUUGUUUUCAAUUAAGAAGGAGCUCACGUUGAUGAUGGACACGCAGGCCACAUCAUACAUAUUUUGGCAAGCAAUAGACGAAGUGAACCGCGGCUUUAUCCACGCCGGCGAGCGCCUCUACCAGCUAAAAGCGUUGCAGGACAACACCAGGGCCGUGGAGUACCUGAAGCUGGCGCGCGAGCUGCCCGGCUACGGCGAGGUCGUAUUCCCGCACUGCGCGUGCGACUCGCGCAAGGAGGGCCACGUGAUCGUGUCGAUCGGCACGGAGGGCGUGAAGCUGCACGCGUGCCACGAGGACGGCACCAUGGAGAGCCAGGUGGUGUGUUUGCAGUGGGACUGCGUGCGGCAGUGGGAGAUCGACGAGGAAGGCAUGGCGUUCUGUUUGAAGUACAACAGGCCAGACAAAACGCCCAGGUGGUUGAAGAUAUUCACGCCUUAUUACUUCUUUUUAAUGGACUGCUUUGAAAAAAUCGUAGAAGAAAGUAAAUGGCUGGACACAGGGGAAUGA